AUCAAGUUUUUGGAGCAAGUAGAUCAAUUUUACGAUGACAACUUUCCUAUGGAAAUUCGACAUCUGCUGGCCCAGUGGAUUGAAAAUCAAGACUGGGAAAAUUUCAUGGGAAUCCAAUGCACGUAGCUGUGGUUAUUUCAAAUUGUUUAAGGGAAGAGAGGAGAAUAUUGGCUGCAGCUAACAUGCCUGUCCAGGGACCCCUGGAGAAAUCCUUACAAAGUUCUUCGGUUUCAGAAAGACAGAGGAAUGUGGAGCACAAAGUGGCUGCCAUUAAAAACAGUGUUCAGAUGACAGAACAAGACACCAAAUACUUAGAAGACUUACAAGAUGAAUUUGACUACAGAUACAAAACAAUUCAGACAAUGGAUCAGGUGGACAAGAACAGUGUCCUGAUGAAUCAGGAAAUUUUGACUCUGCAAGAAAUGCUUAACAGCCUUGACUUCAAGAGAAAGGAAACCCUUAGUAAGAUGACACAGAUAAUCAAUGAAACGGACCUGUUAAUGAACAGCAUGCUAAUAGAAGAGCUGCAAGAUUGGAAGAGGCGGCAGCAAAUCGCCUGCAUCGGAGGUCCACUCCAUAAUGGGCUCGACCAGCUUCAAAACUGCUUUACACUGUUGGCAGAAAGUCUCUUCCAGCUCAGAAGGCAAUUGGAGAAAUUAGAGGAGCAAUCUACCAAAAUGACUUAUGAAGGUGAUCCCAUCCCACUGCAAAGAACGCACCUGCUAGAAAGAGUCACCUUCUUGAUCUACAAUCUUUUCAAGAACUCCUUUGUGGUUGAACGACAGCCAUGCAUGCCAACCCACCCUCAGAGGCCAAUGGUACUGAAAACCCUCAUUCAGUUCACUGUAAAGCUAAGACUACUAAUAAAGUUGCCAGAGUUAAACUAUCAGGUAAAGGUUAAAGCAUCAAUUGACAAGAAUGUUUCAACUCUAAGCAAUCGAAGAUUUGUUCUUUGUGGAACUCAUGUCAAAGCCAUGUCCAUUGAAGAAUCUUCUAACGGGAGUCUCUCAGUGGAAUUUCGACAUUUGCAACCAAAAGAAAUGAAAUCCAGUGCUGGAAGCAAAGGAAAUGAGGGCUCUCACAUGGUGACCGAAGAGCUUCAUUCCAUAACCUUUGAGACACAGAUCUGCCUCUAUGGCCUGACCAUAGAUUUGGAAACCAGCUCAUUACCUGUGGUGAUGAUUUCCAAUGUCAGUCAGUUACCUAAUGCUUGGGCGUCCAUCAUUUGGUACAAUGUGUCAACCAACGAUUCCCAGAACUUGGUUUUCUUUAAUAAUCCUCCAUCUGCCACUUUGAGUCAACUCCUGGAAGUGAUAAGCUGGCAGUUUUCAUCCUAUGUUGGUCGUGGUCUUAAUUCAGAUCAACUUAAUAUGCUGGCGGAGAAGCUUACAGGCCUGUCUAGCUACAGUGAUGGUCACCUCACCUGGGCCAAGUUCUGCAAGGAACACUUACCUGGCAAAUCGUUUACCUUUUGGAUAUGGCUUGAAGCAAUAUUGGAUCUAAUUAAAAAACACAUUCUUCCCCUUUGGAUUGAUGGGUAUAUCAUGGGCUUUGUUAGUAAAGAGAAGGAACGGCUCUUACUAAAGGACAAAAUGCCUGGAACCUUUUUAUUAAGAUUCAGUGAAAGCCACCUUGGAGGAAUAACUUUCACCUGGGUGGACCAUUCUGAAAAUGGAGAAGUGAGAUUCCACUCUGUAGAACCCUACAAUAAAGGCCGGUUAUCUGCUCUGCCAUUCGCUGACAUCCUCCGAGACUACAAGGUUAUUAUGGCUGAAAACAUUCCAGAAAACCCUCUGAAGUACCUAUAUCCUGACAUUCCCAAAGACAAAGCCUUUGGUAAACACUACAGCUCCCAGCCAUGUGAAGUUUCAAGACCAACAGAAAGGGGAGACAAAGGUUAUGUUCCUUCUGUUUUUAUCCCCAUCUCAACAAUCCGAAGUGAUUCAACUGAGCCACAUUCUCCAUCAGACCUUCUUCCCAUGUCUCCAAGUGUUUAUGCAGUGCUGAGAGAAAACCUGAGUCCCGCAACAAUUGAAACUGCAAUGAAGUCUCCAUAUUCUGAAUGACAGAAUAAACUCUGACACUCAAAAGAAGGAAGCAAAUGAGAAAGUUUAAAGACUGAUCUUUACCAACAACCAAAUUAUGUUUCUCCAGCUUUGUAAAUACCGAUUUCCAGGAAACGGCUGAACGCUGCAGCUCUCCUAUUACUGAGAAUACACCCCCAACUGGGAGCGUCAUGAUUGAAAUGCUGAAAACUAAAGCUUCAGAAAAACUUCUGAGAUAAGACAACUUUAAGAAACCAGUGUUAAUAUCAAUAUAACUAUUCACAGGAGACCCCUUCGUAUGUGCCUGUUUCAUUUCUGAUUGGGUUUCCUGGAUGUUACUUAUGAAUUUGAUUUCUAGAAGGUAUAAGUGUGAAGACUUUAGGAUAGAUCAAGAAUAACAAAGCCAUACCUUCGUGACUCAACCCGCAGGAAAGCCUAAGGAAAAAGCCAAAUAAGCCAAUGUCCUGAGUUCUGGCAGGUAAGAGCCAUCAUGAUAGAUCCAAGAUGGAAGUAAUGUUAGGGCAGCAAUAGCAGCAAAUCACAAAGCUUCCAGGGGUGAAUUAUGAAGCCUCCUGAUUGCCAUGUCAACACUGUACCAACGAAACACUACAGGGUUCAGAGCUGCUAGUGCCACCACCAGGGAUGCCUCUCCUAAUAGGGGGAGGUAUCCAGAAUACCCCUUGCUGGUAGGUAGGGCAAAUUGAAAGGAGACCGAACCAAAACCAAACUAGGUGUUUUCAAGUUGAUUCUGACUCAUGGUGACCCCGUGUGUGGCAGAGUAGAAAUGUGUUUCACAGGGUUUUCAAGGCUGUUACCUCUCAGACGCAGAUUGCCAGGCUAUUCUUCCAAGGCACUUCUGGGUAGGUUUGCACCACCAGUUUUUCAAUUAGUAGUCAAGAGCUUAACCAUUUGCACUACCCACAUGGGUAAAAAUCUCAUGGAAAUGAGAACUGAGAAGGGAAUAACAACUGUGGCCUUGGGUGAGUGAUUUCAUCCUGAGCCACUCAUUCUUCAUCUCUAGAAGAAAUUAGAAUAGGUAGACUCUAUGGUCCUUUCUGGAGCCUUGGUGAAGCAGUGGUUAAGAGUUCAGCUGCUAACCAAAAUGUGGGCAGUUCGAAUCCACCCAGCCAUUCCUGGGAAACCCUAUGGGGCAGUUCUACUCUGUUCUAUAGAGUCGCUAUGAGUCAGAAUUGACUCAAUGGCAAUGGAUUUGAUUUAUGGCCCUUUCAAGCUCUAAUAGUCUAAUGGUCCCAUGAAUCCAACCUGAGCCUGGGGAGAGGGUUUGGGAUGAGGAGAGGUUUCAUCCCUUCAGUUUUCUCUGGUGAUGAAGGAGGGGUGAGCAGUGUAUUGGAUGGUAAUGCAGGUCUUUAUUGGACCUUCCCUCACCCCGACUAGUCGCUUAGUGGUGUCACUGCCCACCAGUGCAGCGUGUGGAGGAGUGAUGCUCUCAUUAAAACCCUCUAAGGAAGUUUUCCAGAGUACACCUGUUCUAUUCUCUACCUCAAUUGUGGUUCAGUAGGUCUAGGGUCAGUGUUGAAAUCUGAAUGAUUGAAUUAACCUGCAAUUCCUGAUCCCAGUGUUGGUCAGUGAUGUUCAUUUAUUCACUCAUUCAAAAAAUAUUUUUGAGGAAUACUCUGUUAUCAGGCCAAUUCUCUUAGUAAUGCCCAAGACCUGGGGAUCCCAAGAUCCCCUAAUGCCCAAGACCUGGGGAACUUUCCAUGUCUGCCAGGCCCUAGAGAAGUUGCUUAGCCAGGCAAUGAAGCCUGGCUACUGAGCCAUCUGCAUGAGCAGCUGCAGGAAUUUGUUGAGCCUUAUUUCCAAGGUGAGAGCUGACUACAGAGUCAGAGAUGGCAGGGUUCAUCUAACUUCUUCCAGCCAUCUUCGUUCCCCCCAGGCAAGCCAAAUGGGCAGAUGCUAAUAUUGGAUGGAGAAGAAUUCAAAGAAAAAAAAGUCUUUAAAAUACUCUGCUUUCCCCCUUAGAGAGAUUCCUUUCUAUCCAUAUCCUCCUUCACACCUGCCUACAUGUGCCCAGCUGGAUCCUAGAUUUUUCCUAUGGAGACAAACUCUCCAUCAGUCCCAAGGCCAGUUCCCUUACUCCUUUGAAAGCUGCUGAUAGUAUUCUUAGGGUGAAGGUGUCUGUCUGACGGACCUCAUGGAUAACUUGUGAUGGAUACUCUCAGUCCAUACUUAUCUCCAUGCAUGGUUUUCUAAAAUUUGCCUGAGACAAACAUAUAAACUGGCAGCAGAAUUGGAAGAAAUAAUUUUAAACCUGGGCAUGAUUAUUAUAAU